UGCAGAUACAUCGGUCGUUUGCAUUUGGAGUCAAAAGUUCAGCAUCGCUACUAAUUUCCUUGAGAUACGUCGUAUAUCUUUGCACGCGUCUGCUUUCGAUCUGCCACUGUGUUUACCUCGUAAUGUAGGUCAGAAAUCUUUGUAAAAUCAAUUAAAAGUGAAAAGCUGCAUCUCCUGGGUAAUCCAGCGGAUGGGCCAAAGGUGCCAGCCAGUGGAAAGUGUUUAAUCGAUAGUGAAAAGCGCCAAAGUGAAAAUCAAUUGUCACUGCCUGCAGCAUUUGUGUUAGUCCAACAACAAACCAACUAGUCGCAUCCCGAACGGUUUCACAUACAGUCAACCCCCGUGGUGACUGACUCACCAGGCAACCCCUCACUCGUACUCCUCCCUUCUUCGUUUUUUUUUCGAGUGCCCAAGUGUUCGCUCCAGUGCAUUGCACUGCAAUUAACCUAUUGAGGCUUCAGAGUUCUGCAGUUGGGGUCUACGAAAUGGAUUUCUAUGCCAAUAACAAGGCGGUGCACUCGGCCAGCACGGUGCGCAAAAUGUUGGAGGACACCCAACUGGUGUGGGUGCGAGAUGCCGCCGAGGGCUAUAUCCAGGGCCGGAUCACAGAGAUCGGUACCAAGGAGUUCGAGGUUACGCCCACCGAUCGGAAAUACCCGAAGCGCACGUGCCACUUCGAUGACAUCCACUCCUCGUGCGAUGGACCCCAGGAUCACGAUGAUAACUGCGAGCUCAUGCUGCUCAACGAGGCCACAUUUCUGGACAAUUUGAAAACACGUUACUACAAAGACAAGAUCUACACAUAUGUGGCCAACAUAUUGAUCGCCGUGAAUCCGUACCGCGAGAUCAAGGAGCUCUACGCACCCGAUACCAUCAAGAAGUACAAUGGCCGUUCCUUGGGCGAACUGCCUCCUCAUGUCUUUGCCAUCGCGGAUAAAGCCAUACGGGAUAUGCGGGUCUACAAGCUAUCGCAGUCGAUCAUCGUGUCCGGAGAAUCGGGCGCCGGCAAGACAGAGUCCACUAAAUACCUGCUCAAAUACCUGUGCUAUUCGCACGACAGUGCCGGUCCGAUAGAGACCAAGAUAUUGGAUGCCAAUCCCGUGCUGGAAGCUUUUGGCAAUGCGAAGACCACUCGCAAUAAUAACUCCUCGCGUUUCGGCAAGUUCAUCGAAGUGCACUACGAUGCCAAGUGUCAGGUGGUAGGGGGUUACAUAUCCCACUAUCUGCUGGAGAAGAGCCGCAUCUGCACCCAGAGUACCGAGGAGCGAAAUUACCAUGUGUUCUACAUGCUUCUGGCUGGAGCUCCUCAGCAGCUACGCGAUAAACUUAGUUUGGGAAAGCCAGAUGACUAUAGGUAUCUCUCCGGCUGCACACAGUACUUUGCCAACGCCAAAACAGAACAAUUGAUACCGGGAUCACAAAAGUCCAAGAAUCACCAGCAGAAGGGUCCGCUUAAGGAUCCGAUCAUCGAUGAUUACCAGCAUUUCCAAAAUUUGGAUAAGGCCUUAGGUCGUCUGGGUCUGUCGGAUACAGAAAAGUAUGGAAUCUAUUCGCUGGUGGCUGCUGUACUUCACCUUGGCAACAUUGCCUUCGAGGAGAUUCCGGAUGAUGUGCGUGGUGGUUGCCAGGUUUCCGAGGCUUCGGAGCAGUCACUGACCAUCACCAGUGGCUUGCUGGGUGUGGAUCAAACGGAGCUGCGAACUGCUUUGGUUUCCCGGGUCAUGCAGAGCAAAGGAGGUGGCUUCAAGGGCACGGUCAUCAUGGUUCCUCUAAAGAUCUACGAGGCGAGCAAUGCUCGAGAUGCUUUGGCAAAGGCCAUCUACAGUCGCCUUUUCGAUCGGAUUGUGGGUCUGAUCAACCAGAGCAUUCCCUUCCAGGCCUCAAACUUCUAUAUUGGCGUGCUCGAUAUUGCUGGCUUUGAAUACUUCACGGUGAACUCCUUCGAGCAAUUUUGCAUCAACUACUGCAAUGAGAAACUGCAGAAGUUCUUCAACGAUAACAUUCUGAAGAACGAACAGGAAUUGUACAAAAAGGAGGGUCUUAAUGUGCCGGAGAUCACGUUCACCGACAACCAAGAUAUUAUUGAGCUGAUUGAAGCCAAGUCGAAUGGCAUCUUCACGCUGCUCGACGAGGAGUCCAAGCUGCCGAAGCCCUCGUAUUCGCACUUCACCUCCGAGGUGCACAAAUCCUGGGCGAAUCACUACCGCCUGGGCUUGCCCAGAUCCUCGCGGCUGAAGGCCCAUCGCACUCUGCGGGAUGAGGAGGGCUUCCUGGUGCGCCACUUUGCCGGAGCCGUGUGCUACAACACGGAGCAGUUUAUCGAGAAGAACAACGAUGCCUUGCAUGCCUCGCUGGAGGGAUUGGUCCAGGAGUGCGACAAUCCCCUGCUGCAGACCCUCUUUCCAUCGGGCAGCAGCACCUCGGUUCGCGGCAAACUCAACUUUAUCUCGGUGGGCUCCAAAUUCAAGACGCAGUUGGGCGAGCUGAUGGAGAAACUGGAACAGAAUGGCACCAACUUCAUUCGCUGUAUCAAGCCCAAUAGCAAAAUGAUUGAUCGUCAAUUUGAGGGCAGCCUGGCGCUGGCCCAACUGAAGUGUUCGGGCACCAUUUCCGUGCUGGAGCUAAUGGAGCAUGGUUAUCCCUCGCGAGUUCUCUUCGCAGAUCUGUACAGCAUGUACAAGUCGGUGCUGCCGCCGGAACUGGUUUCCCUGCCAGCUCGCACCUUCUGCGAGGCGAUGUUCCAGUCGCUCAAUCUGAGUGCCAAGGACUUUAAGUUCGGCAUUACCAAGGUCUUCUUCCGGCCCGGAAAAUUCGUUGAGUUUGAUCGCAUCAUGCGCUCAGAUCCGGAGAACAUGCUGGCCAUUGUGGCGAAGGUAAAGAAGUGGCUAAUUCGAUCGCGUUGGGUAAAAUCCGCCUUGGGAGCCCUCUGCGUUAUUAAAUUGCGCAACCGAAUCAUCUAUCGCAACAAGUGUGUCUUGAUAGCCCAGCGCAUUGCUCGAGGUUUCCUGGCCCGUAAACAGCAUCGUCCUCGCUACCAGGGAAUUGGUAAGAUCAACAAGAUCAGGACCAAUACGCUCAAAACCAUCGAAAUAGCCAGCGGCCUGAAAAUGGGACGCGAUGAGAUUGUCAGUGGGGUGAAUGAUAUUUACAGGCAGAUCGACGAUGCCAUCAAGAAGAUCAAGAUGAAUCCCCGCAUCACCCAACGCGAAAUGGACUCGAUGUACACCGUGGUCAUGGCCAAUAUGAACAAACUCACCGUGGAUCUGAACACCAAACUCAAAGAGCAGCAGCAGGCUGAGGAGCAGGAGCGCUUGCGCAAGAUUCAAGAAGCUUUGGAAGCGGAAAGAGCUGCCAAGGAGGCGGAAGAACAACGCCUGCGCGAAGAAGCCGAAAACAAGCGACUUAAAGCGGAGAUGGAAACUCGUCGCAAGGCCGCGGAAGCCCAACGGCUUCGCCAGGAGGAAGAGGAUCGCCGGGCCGCUUUGGCGCUGCAGGAGCAGCUGGAGAAGGAGGCCAAGGACGAUGCCAAGUACCGACAGCAACUCGAACAGGAACGCCGCGAUCACGAAUUGGCCCUCCGCUUGGCCAACGAGUCCAACGGCCAGGUGGAGGAUAGUCCACCAGUUAUCCGCAAUGGUGUCAAUGACGCGUCUCCCAUGGGUUCCAACAAACUGAUCAGUUUUUCACAAGUUGUGUCAAACAUUGCUUCGCGGUACUUGAAUAAAUCGGAAAAUGUUAGGGCGCAACAACAGGCCCUGGGCAAACAGAAAUACGACUUGUCCAAAUGGAAGUACUCGGAGUUGCGUGAUGCUAUCAACACGUCCUGUGAUAUUGAACUGUUGGAGGCCUGCCGCCAGGAGUUCCAUCGCCGUUUGAAGGUUUACCAUGCCUGGAAGGCAAAGAACCGCAAGCGCACCACCAUGGAUGAAAACGAGCGUGCCCCACGCAGCGUUAUGGAAGCUGCUUUUAAGCAGCCGCCUUUAGUGCAGCCAAUCCAGGAGAUUGUGACAGCCCAGCAUCGCUAUUUCAGGAUUCCCUUCAUGCGAGCCAAUGCACCGGACAAUACCAAACGUGGCCUGUGGUAUGCCCACUUCGAUGGCCAGUGGAUCGCUCGACAGAUGGAACUGCAUGCAGAUAAGCCUCCAAUUCUUCUGGUUGCUGGAACCGAUGACAUGCAGAUGUGUGAACUGAGCCUGGAGGAAACGGGGCUGACGCGCAAGCGCGGCGCCGAAAUUCUGGAGCACGAGUUCAACCGCGAAUGGGAGCGCAAUGGGGGCAAGGCCUACAAGAAUCUGGGGGCCAAGCCCAAUGGGCCAGCUGCUGCUGCGAUGCAGAAACAACAGUAGACACCCAACAAACAGGCAACGCAUUAAUCAAACAUUGCCGAUUCGGUGGUCAAACACAUCAAAAUUAGUAGAUAACGAAAUUCCAAAAUAAGUUUUUGCCAGUCAAACUUUUAUUGAAAGCGACCACGUCCAUUAAAACAUUUUUUAGUAAAUAUAACUAUAUUAUAUUAUGCA